ACAAAGUUGUUCGGAUACGUCAAUCGCAGUAGCCAUUGUCCUAAAUUUGCUUAUUUGUGUAUGAAAUUUCUGUAAUUUAACGUGUUAAUUAGGGUGACAGCAAAGAAAAACAGACGUUAAUAGUGGUAUCUAAAGCUAUUGUUUAAAAUAAAUACUGAAAAUAUGAAUCCUGAAUACGAUUACUUGUUUAAACUUCUUCUGAUUGGAGAUUCCGGCGUGGGGAAGUCAUGUUUAUUGCUUAGGUUUGCGGAUGACACUUAUACGGAAAGUUACAUUAGUACCAUUGGUGUAGAUUUUAAAAUUCGCACAAUUGAUUUAGACGGAAAGACUAUAAAAUUGCAAAUAUGGGACACAGCAGGUCAAGAACGGUUCCGAACAAUCACCUCAAGUUAUUACAGAGGGGCACACGGUAUUAUAGUGGUUUAUGACUGCACAGAUCAGGACUCAUUCAAUAAUGUAAAACAGUGGUUGGAAGAAAUAGACCGUUACGCUUGCGAUAAUGUAAACAAGUUAUUAGUGGGAAAUAAAAGUGAUCUUACUACGAAGAAAGUGGUAGAUUACACAACAGCUAAGGAAUAUGCAGACCAAUUAGGUAUUCCGUUUUUGGAAACCUCAGCAAAAAACGCAAGUAAUGUUGAGCAAGCGUUCAUGACGAUGGCUGCAGAAAUUAAGAACCGAGUUGGGCCCCCAUCUUCGGCCGCUGAUCAAGCGAGCAAAGUGAAGAUUGAUCAAGGGCGUCCAAUUGAAACAACCAAGUCAGGAUGUUGCUGAAAAUUUAGUCAUCAUUUGUUUGCAGGUCAACUCUUAUUUUGUAUGGUAGCAGUUUCCUGCUAAUUUAUAUUAUAGAAAUAUCCGUCUUGUAUGUAUAGUUAUUUUAAAACUGGUUAUGUUUCAUUCUUUCUUUUGAACCUUGUUAUAAAUUUUAAUGUAAUAAACACCAAUAUCAUUAGCCUAAUUAUUGAUAAACACAUUGAUUUUCAGUUUGAAAACCUCCACAUUGUAUGUUUUUAGGAACAAAUAGUCAAAUAUCUUAUAUUUUGUACUUCAAGACUUGACUAUUUACUUCUAAAAACUUGUGAUUAUUUAAGUAGUUUCUUCUGAUUGUAUUCAAGUAUAUUGGGUUUUGUUUGUUAACACUUGUGAUUUUUUUAUUGACUUUACGCAGUAUGAUACAGAAUUUUCCAAAGUGUUUGUUCCAUGAUUAUAACAAUUGUCGGCUCAGUUUUAAGGUAGGAAACACUAUAGGCAUUGCACUUGAUACUUGUAAAUUAAUGCACACGACUCCUUUUCGUUCUCAAUUCAUUUUUUUUACAUGGGAUUAAAGCGGAAGUUUUAGUUUGGUAGAGGAACAAACUUACUGAUGACUUAACCAUUUUAUAAUAGUUUAAAUUUUGUAUGAUUGCUGUGCAUCUAUGGUUAAACAAAUCAUAAAUAGAUUGUCAUUUUUGUAGUUCAUAUUUGUAUAAGAAUUAUUGUAACAAGUAAAUAAUUAAUAUUCAAACCGAA